AUCUGGAUCUGAACUCUUCCCCUUCCAGACCCUACCUCUUCCGCCGUCAGCCUCGGCCCCCGACUGGGUCCCGGGGGCCGGGGGGGGCGGCGUGCGGGGCCCCCACCCCGCCCGCGGCCCCCCCCUGCUGGUGCCCCCGCUCAUCUCGCUGACCUCGUCCCCCCGCUCGUCCUCCCCCAUGCCCGAGGCGGGGGAAGGGGACUACGACGACGGCCCCGAGUACCUGGCCAUCGGUAACCAGGGGCAACGCAGUCGCCAGGACUCCCGAAGCUCCACCCCCAACCGGGGGCCGGGGGAGUCCGCGGCCCCGCCCCCGCCGCGCCGGAGUUCCCUGGCCGUGGCUCCUCCCCCUCCCCGGCGCUCGUCCUUCUCCGAGGGCCAGCGGGGGCCGGCCCGGGUGACCAGGGGCCACAUACGCUCCAUCUCCGACACGGGCGUCGAUCAGAAGAGACGAGAGUCGGCAGGCGAUGACGCCUCCAUCAAGGACUACAACCCCUUUUCCACGCACAGCAGCGAUGUCAGCGCGUCCGGCUCGCUCUACAUGGAGUCCAAUUGCUCAGAGCACAGCGGCGCUGACGGAAUGUUCCGGAAGCCUUCGAAAGGCCAGAGCCUCAUCAGUUACCUGUCAGAGCAGGACUUUGGCAGCUGUGCUGACCUUGAGAAGGAAAAUGCCCACUUCAGCAUUUCCGAGUCGCUGAUCGCAGCGAUUGAGCUGAUGAAGUGCAAUGUCCGGCGCCGGGAAGAGGAGGGUGACGAGGAGGAGGACAGCGACUGUGAGAUCCAGCAGCUCAAGCAGAAGAUCCGCCUGCGAAGGCAGCAGAUCCGCCGCAGCCACCUCCCGCCAUGCAGCUCCGCGCAGCACGCGCUCCCCUCUACAGACAGCGGGGGAUCCCGGAGGAGCUCCCGGGGUUCUUCCCAGGGGCUCUCUGACUCUGGGUCGGCGGAGGAGGUGGGGGAGUGUGAUCUAGAUGACGACUGUGCUGGCCAAUCCCUGCUGGCGGCCUCUCAGAACGGCCUCACCUUGUCACUCGCAUCUCUCUUCUCAGAGGCUGACAUCAAGCGCAGCGUCACCUCCACCAAGUCCUUCCUCAGCUCCGACUCCAUCUGCCCGUCCUUCCUCCAGUCUAACUCUGCUGAGUCGGUGGCCAUGGGUCUGCUCAGACAGUUCGAGGGCAUGCAGCUUCCUGCUGCGUCCGAGCUCGACUGGCUGGUUCCUGAGCAGGACGCUCCGCAGAAGCUGCUGCCCAUCCCAGACUCCCUCCCCAUCUCCCCGGAUGACGGCGAGCACGCCGACAUCUACAAGCUGAGGAUCCGGGUGCGAGGCAACCUGGAGUGGGCCCCCCCGCGGCCCCAGAUCAUCUUCAACAUCCACCCGGCGCCCAAGAGGAAGAUAGUGGUGACCAAGCAGAACCACCGCUGUGCUGGCUGUGGCAUCCGCGUGGACCCAGACUACAUCAAGCGGCUGCGCUACUGCGAGUACCUGGGCCGCUACUUCUGCCAGUGUUGCCACGACAACGCCCAGGCGGUGGUGCCGGGGCGCGUGCUCCGCAAGUGGGACUUCGGCAAGUACUACGUCAGCAACUUCGCCCGCGACCUGCUGGGCAAGAUCGCCGGCGACCCGCUGUUCAACCCCAACGACAUCAACAGCGGCCUGUACAAGAAGAUCAAGGCUCUGGAGGCCGUCCGGGUAUUGAGGGUGCAGCUGUUUCACAUGAAAAACCUCUUCAAGACCUGCCGCCUCGCCAGAGAUGUGCUGGACCAGUUCGACAGUCUCCCAGGGCACCUGACGGAGGACCUCCACCUCUUCUCCCUCAACGACCUCGCUGCCGUGCGCAGCGGCGAUCUGGUCCCCCGGCUCAAGGAGUUACUGAAGCACGGCUCCACGCACGUGGCUGGCUGUGUGCUGUGCCAGGCCAAGGGCUUUGUGUGCGAGUUCUGCGGCAACGGCAAAGACAUCAUCUUCCCCUUCGACCUGAACAAGUGCCAGCGGUGCGAAGAGUGCCACGCCUGCUACCAUCGCGGCUGCUUCCGCGCGGGCAAGGAGUGUCCGCGGUGCCAGCGGUUAGCCGCGCGCCGCGAGCGCAUGGCCCGCAAGAACAUGGAGGAGCAAGAGGACGAGGGCGGCGGGGGGUAGGGAGAACCCGGAGGAGAAGAACGUCGGUUAUAUAGAAUAUAUUAAUAUAAAGAACAUAUGAAUAUAAAGAAAAGCAAAAAAACGCCACGACUUUUGAUUGUAGAGACAGCUCAGUCUCCCCGGACUGGGAGACCUUAGUAGACCUUCUCUUCCGGUCGCCCGGUUACGUUCUUCCUGCAGGAGGAAAACAAGACGGUUUAAUUAUUCGGAACGUCGGGAGUAGCACAUGGUUGAUCGCAUCAGGACUGAUUAUAAUCACAUGAGAUUUUGUGUAGGGAGGCGGGGCGGGAAUAUCUACUGAGACAUGUACGGGCUAAUCAGAUUUAUAAACUUUUUCCAGACUUUUUGGUACCGUCCCGUUUUCAGAAACCAAUCGUCCUGACAUGAAGACAUUCUAGCAUCACACACCCACAAUUCCAAGGAGACGCUUCCUUCUACCAGAAGUGCAGCUUUUGGGAUGUCCUCUGAUUCCCAGAGCUAUGAUUCGGUGCUUCUUCUUUCAUCCUAUGAUUCGGUUAAAUUGCUUGGAAGGCCAAGUCCGAACCUCCCUUCUUAUUUAGGUGCAGUUGUUUUGGGGGUCGUGCCCAAUGUGUUCCAAGUCGUUUUAUUUUGAAGGUGUCGGGGUAAGGGUGUCGUUUCUUUCUUUCCUUUUACCGUUGCUUUUUGUCUUGGUUUUUAGUGGGUUUUUAGCCACGCUAACGUGCCUCUGGUAGCUAAUGUAGGUAAACUUUGAAAGUAUUCAUGCACAAUCGGCGGAUUAGUACAAAUGUUUUCCUUUUUUUCAUUCAAAUGAAAUUGGAGAGACGGGGUGUGUGUGUGUGUGUGUGUGUGUGUGUGUGUGUGUGUGUGUGUGUGUGUGUGUGUGUGUGUGUGUGUACUUGCUGUGCACCAAUAAUUUGCACUUAUCUGAUUUGAGAAUGUAACAUUUAACUUGAUUUUGUGUGGGACCACUCAUCUUAACAUGUAGUUCUUAUUUGCACUGAUCUUAUGUUCUAGAGGAGAGUGUUGAGCAGGGAGACUAAUUCAGGGCUUUUAAUCGUGUCUCUUAUUAAAACCAGACAGACGUUUACCUGGGAUGGCACAACCAAAUUCAAUAAUUCACCCCUUGGCAGGAGACUCAAAUUCACGUUCCGUAAGAUGUUUUGUGUAACCAAAGUAAUAUCAUUUUUGGAGAUUUAUUUGAAAAUGACUGAUUAAAUUGAGAUUGAAUACAUGGAGAUGUGAAAUUAAGUAAUUCCAAUUGUAAGUGAUUUUUAUCUUCGACAGAUGAUUAACAAUACAUUUUCAUUGGCCAAAAUACUAAACUUUGUCCAGAAUGAGUGUCCUUUUUUAUAAGCAUUUGCUAAUGAUAACAACCAUACAUUACAACAGUUCUUUUUUUAUAUACAUACGUCAGUAGUCUUUAGAUCAGGGAUUGUAACUAAUCUUGUUUGAAUUGUAUCAGCUAGGGAAACUAUCCCCCCUCUAAUGGAACCGACUGGAGGUUUUUGCCCAAUAACUGGACCACCGACACCAUAGAUGUCUAUUAUACCAGAACAGUGCUCUAACCUGUCUGCGUGUUUAGUCUUAACUGGCUGCUUUUAAAAGCACUGUACUAACAAUUCACUGAACAAAGAGUUAAAUCUGUUCCUCUUCGCUGGGGUGGAUUCUGAGUUCAUCGGCCUGCCUUUUGUACAAGGAUGUGAAGUGCACUAAGAGAAAAUAUAUUGUAAAUACAAUUGAUGAAUGCUUUUAUUUUGAUUAUAACGUGUUCAUUUGGCUUUUGUUCUGUAACAGUGUUGAGAAUUAAAGACUGCCCUGACUGUUAA